AUGGACAAGGUGACUCAAGAUAGGAUUCCAGACAGAUUUGGUGAUCCUGGAGAUCCUGGUGGCUCAGGGUACCAUGGUGGUGAUGACAGCUACAGAGGCGUGCGCAGAAAGGGCAGGUAUGGUGGUCCCCCAGGAGGAGGACCCCCUGGAGACCCUUGGGAUCCCGAUGGUGGUGGUGACCCUCCAGCUGGCCCUGGAGGAGGUGGAGGAGGAGAUGGCCCCAGACGCAAGUUGUUCCAUGCCAAGCCAGAUGCCAAUGCGUACCCCACCCUCAAGUCCAACAAGGACUUCGACCAAUGGUACAGCGUGUUUAUAACAACGGCUAGGGCACAGGGAUUGUAUGCUCUCUUCGACUCCAAUUAUGUGCCAUUGGACCAGGAGUCUGCUUUUGAGCUCCGUAGGAUGAACGAAUGGUUCUACGCGGUCCUGCAGAAAAUCAUCAAGACAACCAAGGGCAUGGUGAUAGGCAAGGAACAUUUUCAUGAUUGUGACUGCUUUCAUAUUCUACAUGCAUUGAUCCAGGAUGCCCACACCUCUGUGGAAGGUACACUGGAGUCCGUGGAGACCCUCAACUGGCUCACCAGGGUCAAGUACUCCACAACCAAGGGAUCUGCAGUGGAGUUCAUCAUCAACUGCGAUGAGGUUCUCACACGAUACAACGAUUCCAAGACCAACGAGCAGGAUAAACUCAGUGAUAGUAUCCAAAAACUGUUCCUACAGCAGGCGUUCAUCGACAUCAAGGUUCUCAAUGACAACAGCGCCAGAGAACAGGAGAACAUGUGCAGCAAUGGUGCACACAUGUCCUACUCAUAUGAGAAAUACAAGGAGGUCCUGACCAAUGCUGCUACCAGGUUUGAUGUCAACCACAAGCUUCUAUUCCCUGGUAGAUCCCGCAGAGCCAACAUGGCUGUGAUCGACGAGUCUGAGGAUGAAGCCGGGCAACCUGAUGGCAUGGAUAGUCCAACGGAUGACCUCACUCAUCUCCAAGCAUUUCCGGCCAUGAGGGACCCCUCUGCCCGGCUCCCAGACCAACAUUGGACCCAACUUUCUAGUACGGGCAAGAAGAAUUGGCAUCAAUUUGAUGACCACGACUGA